GGGCCAGCUUCAGUGUCGGGUCUCGCGAGGGCUGGCCUCACUUCUCUGCGCGCGGUGGGGGCAGAGCUGGGCUACGCGGUUCCCUGCCCGUUGUCUCCGGCUUUUCGGGGUCGCUGCCCGGCCCUGUCGGCUCCCUCACCCUCGCUGCUGCCCAGGAUGUAUCACAACAGCAGCCAGAAGCGGCACUGGACGUUCUCCAGCGAGGAGCAGCUGGGGCGCCUCCGGGCCGACGCCAACCGCAAGUUCAAGUGCAAAGUGGUGGCAAACGGGAAGGUUCUGGCAAAUGAUCCAGUCUUUCUUGAACCUCAUGAAGAAUUGGUAAUCUGCAAAUAUUAUGAGAAAAGACUAUUAGAUUUCUGCUCCAUAUUUAAGCCUACAAUGCCAAGGUCUGUGGUGGGUACAGCAUGUAUGUACUUCAAACGUUUUUACCUCAAUAACUCAGUGAUGGAAUAUCACCCUCGGAUAAUAAUGCUCACUUGUGCAUUUUUGGCAUGCAAAGUAGAUGAAUUUAAUGUGUCCAGCAUACAGUUUGUUGGAAAUCUUCGGGAGAGCCCUCUCGGACAGGAAAAGGCACUUGAACAAAUUUUGGAAUAUGAACUCUUACUUAUUCAGCAGCUUAAUUUCCACCUUAUUGUCCACAAUCCUUACCGGCCAUUUGAGGGUUUUCUCAUUGAUUUAAAGACUCGUUAUCCAGUACUAGAGAACCCAGAAGUUUUAAGGAAAACAGCUGAUGACUUUCUUAAUAGAAUUGCUUUGACAGACGCUUACCUUUUGUAUACACCUUCACAGAUUGCUCUGACUACCAUUCUAUCCAGUGCCUCCAGGGCUGGAAUAAACAUGGAAAGUUAUUUAUCGGAAAGUCUUAUGCUAAAAGAGAAUCGAACCUGUUUGUCACAGUUAUUAGAGACAAUGAAAUGCAUGAAAACCUUAGUAAAGAAAUAUGAACCACCAAGGCCCGAGGAAGUUGCUGCCCUAAAGCAGAAACUAGAGAAGUGUCACAGUGCCGAACUUGCACUUAAUAUAAAUAUAAAGAAGAGGAAAGGCUAUGAAGAUGAUGAGUAUAUCUCAAAGAAAUCUAAGCUGGAAGAGGAAGAAUGGACUGAUGAUGAUCUUCUAGAUUCCUUAUAACUUUAUGGGUGUUACCAAAAGUGUUACGUUGGAACAUUUAAAGUUAACUCCUGAGUUCUUUAUUGUAAAGUUUAUCACCUCUGCUGAGAGACAGGGUUUCUUUAUCUUGGAUCAAAAGUGUGAAAUAACUCCCUUUCAUUAAACUUUUUCUAUUUAUGGUA